UAGCGAUCCGCUUUCCCACCUCUCAGAGACGCUGGCGGCACUGCCUCAGAGUCUGUCUUGUUGUGACCUGCUGUGAGAGUCGUAGGAAGGACUCAGGGAGACCCAGGAAACCUAGAAAUGGAUUCAGUGACCUUUGAGGAUGUGGCUGUGAACUUCACCCUGGAAGAGUGGGCUUUCCUGGAUCCUUCACAGAAGAAGCUCUAUAGAGAUGUGAUGCGGGAAACCUUGAGGAACCUGAUCUCAAUAGGAGAAAAAUGGGAAGAUCAUGACAUUGAAGAUCAGUACAAAAAUCAGGGGAGAAAAUUAAGAAGUCAUGUAGUUGAAAGACUCUGUGAAAGUAAAGAGGGUAGUCAGUGUGGAGAAAACUUCAGCAUUAUUCCAAACCUCAAUCGGAGCAAGAAAACUAAUAGAAUGAAACCACGUGAAUGCAGUGUAUGUGGAAAAGUGUUUACACGUCAUUCAUCCCUUAAGAGACAUAUGAGAUAUCACACUGAACGUCAACCACCUGAGUAUCAGAAAUAUGGAGAGAAGCCAUAUAGAUGUAAGGAAUGUGGUAAAGCCUUUGGCUAUCUCCAAUUUUUGGAGACCCAUGAGAAAAAUCACAAUCGAGAGAAAAAAUAUAAAUGUGAGGAAUGUGGGAAAGCAUUCCAUUCCCGUGCAUCCUUUCAAGCACAUGAAAGAAUCCACACAGGAGAAAAACCCUAUGAAUGUAAGGAAUGUGGGGAGGCCUUCAUGUGGAGCACAGGGUUUCGAAGACACAUGGUAACACACACUGGAAAUGCUUCAUAUACAUGUAAGGAAUGUGGGAAAGCUUUUAAUUGUUCCUCUUCAUUGCGAACACAUGAAACAACCCACAGUGAAAAGAAACCCUAUCAGUGUAAGCAAUGUGGAAAAUUCCUUAGAUACUACCAUACUUUUAGAACACAUCAAAGGACUCACACAGGUGAGAAACCCUAUGAAUGUAAGCAGUGUGGUAAAGCCUUCAGUUGUCCUAGUUCUUUUCGGAAACAUGAAAGAAUUCAUACUGGGGAAAAGCCUUAUGAAUGUAAGGAGUGUGGGAGAACCUUCAGAGGUCUCUCAAGCCUUCGAGCACACAUGAUCACUCACACUGGCGAUGGACCUUAUAAAUGUCAGGAAUGUGAGAGAGCCUUCAUUUCUCCUAGUUCCUUUCGAAUACAUCAAAGGAUUCACACUGGAGAGAAACCCUAUGAAUGUGAACAAUGUGGUAAAGCUUUCAAUUACUACAAUUCCUUACAGUCACACAGAAGAACUCAUACUGGAGAGAAGCCCUAUGAAUGCAAGGAAUGUGGGAAAACCCUCUCCCAUCAGCAAACCUUAAAAAUACACAUGCGGCUGCACACUGGAGAGAAACCCUAUGAAUGUAAACAAUGUGGUAAAGCUUUCAGAUAUUACCCUUCCUUUCACAAACACAAACAAAUUCAUACUGGAGGGAAACCCUUCGAAUGCAAACAAUGUGGUAAAGCCUUCAGUCAUUACAAUUCCUUACAGUCACAUGGAAGAACUCACACUGGAGAGAAACCCUACGAAUGCAAGGAAUGUGGGAAAGCCCUCUCCCAUCACCAAACCUUGAGAGUACACAUGAGACUGCACACUGGAGAGAAACCCUAUGAAUGCUCACAGUGCAGCAGAGCUUUCAGAUAUUACACUUCCUUCCAAAAGCACAAACGAAUUCACACUGAGAAAUUUUAUGAAUAAGGAAUAUAGAGAAGCCUUUAGUCAACCAACUUCACUUUGAAAAUGUUAAAGAAGCCACACUGGAGAGAAAAACCUAUCAGUGUAAACAAGGUGGGAAAACCUUAAGAUAUUUUCAAAGUUUGCAAACACAUGAAAGGAUUCCCAUAGAAUAGAAACCUUGUAAACCAUGUGGGAAGUCCUGCAAAAAUUAUACCUCCUUAGAAAUGCAUGAAAGAAUUCAUACUGAAAAGAAACCCUGUGACUGUAAGGGAUAUGGAAAAGCCUUCAGAUGUUACCAGAGGUUUUUAUUUAUUUUUGAUGACUUGAAAAAGAUCAGAGUGGAGGGAGUAUGGUAAAGCCUUCAUUUGUCACAAACUAUUUGAAGAGAGUGCACACUGGAGAGAUACUGUAUAAUGUAAAAAAAUGUCAGAAGACUUUCAGUCAUUCCAAUUCCAAAAGAAUGAAAGGACUCACUGGACAAAAACCCCUGAGUUAAACAGUUUUGGAAAGAUUUCAAUGAGCCCACAUCUUUACAUGUGAAAACUCACAUUGGAAAGAAAUAUAAGUAAUAUGAGAAAGCUUGAUGAAAAUUAAUCUAUGUGUAACAGGAAAAAGUUAUUAAAGUUGGAAAUACAUUGUGUUUAUCAAUCCUCUUUCUUAAAGUGCACUAUUGGACAGUGGAUUUCUAGUAAUUACUCUCAGAAAUGAAUAUGAGGGGAGAUGACUCUGUAAGUCAUGUUUCCACAGUGGUACAUAAAAUUAAUAGAUAGAGCUUUUUCUUUAAAUCAGUUUUAUUUUUUCUUUUUGAAGCCAGUUGGAUCAUAGGUGAAUCAGAGUAAAUGCCUAAUAAUUCAAUUAGGUAAAAAUUAUUUUAUAAUGUUUGAUUUGCUCUGUGUUAAGGGACCACUGAGAAAUGACAGUUUGGUAUUUGGAUUUUCCUAACAGCCUUAUGGCAGUUCUCGGAUAUCUCUAGUCCAAUAUAUAUAUUUAUCUUUCUUACCAAGCUCUUUUGUUGGAGUGAAGAGUAUAAGAGCCUUUUAACAUUUUCUAUGCUAAUA